AUGCCGGUAGUGGUUUCAUCGAAAACUUUCCCAACUCUUUUUGUCAUCCGUCAUUCAGUUUCACUGUUUAUGUUUGUUUACAUGAAAUGAAAACGGAAGUAGAUCUAGCACUAGACCCAAAUGUCGUAAAUCCUAUGAAUAUUAUUUUAAAAAAAAUUAUUUCUAUGUUUUGGCGCUUUAUUAUUAUUGUAUUUAUAUCAAAAUCAAGAAAGAGUAAAAGAAGUAACUAUGCUGGUUGGUUUAUUUUCAGAAUGAGGUUUUCCCACAAACAACUAUGCCAGAAGUAGGACUGUUACCAUAGCGAAACAAUAUGGUGGCUGACGCUUGGAGUGACUGACUCGGAUAAAAGAUAGGCUGGAAAGAACACAAAAAUGGCAGAGCCAAAGAUGGUUGUGGCACGACUGCCACCUCUUUCAGGUGGAAAAGUAACCAGUAUAUCACCUCGUGCUUUACGGAGACUCGAGGGAUUGAAUGGACCCACAUAUAGACUGAAUGAGAAGCUUCAUCCUCUACCUCCACCAAAUGCCCUAAAGCCCUAUGUGGAUACAAAAGCUGGAGAGUUGGACACCUGGCCAGCCCAUGCAAGUGGUCAGGCACUUUCCUCCACAUCGGCUAUGUUGUCCAAAAACAAGAGUCUGGUGCUGGUCAAUGAAGAGGACAUGGGAAAACCACAAAUGGUUCCCAAGCCAAGAUUCUUGGAGCAGCUAGAGAAUUUUCUGAAGAAAGAACUCCGUGCCUUGGGAGUAGUUGAUGUUCAGCCAAGUGAUUUAAGAUUACAGGCCCACAGAGAAGUGUUUGAAUAUCUCAUUGAGGAUUUCAAGACCUACAAGCCUCUCCUUUCGGCAGUUAAAAAUGAAUAUGAGAUGAUGCUGGCUUACCAAAGACAACAAGUUCGACAAUUAGAACCUCUCAAGCAAAUGCUGGUGACAGUGUCAGAGCAAUGUGAACAGAAAAUCAUGGCACUAAGGGAGGAUGAAAGAGGAGAAAUGUCCGAUUUGAAAAAGGAGAACAGAGACCUUUAUGGUAAAAUCUCUAGUUUGAUGAAUGAGCAACACGACCUCAAAGAACAAGUCAACAGACUGAAGACAAAGCUUUCAGAGGAGUACCAUAAAUACAGAGAUGAGUGUGAUGCUAGAAAACUGCUGGUCGCUGACAUCAAUGAUCUCCGCUACCAACAAGAAGACUACCUAGCUUCUAAAAAUACUGCCCAGCAAAAUCAGGAUACGGAGGAAGAUCCUGUCAUUCUCAAGAUGGCACUCAUAAAAUCUCGUGAGGGUGAGAAAACUGCCACUCAUAAAUUGAAUGAGAUGAUAGCCAAUUAUGGGGAUGUCAUCCCUCGGAGGGACUUUGAGACUCUGGAAGCAAAGUUUAAGGAACUGGAUGCAAAGUAUGAGACAUCACAGCAGGACUUCAAAAAGUUGCAGGCAGAGCAUAAUGCCUUGCUUGACAUCCAGAAAGAGGUGACAUCAAAGAGAGAUGAAUUCUACAUUGAGCUGGAAACCCUUAAAAGGAGCUCAACACCCAGACCUGACUGGGAUAAAUGUUCAGAGUGUGUGCAGGGUGGAAUCGUGCGAUGGAAAGAAAUUUCUGCAGGUAAGAGGAGUGAUGAACUUGUUGACGUCCUCCUCAAUGAGAUCCAGUCUGGUGGUAUUGUUGACACAGUUGGCGCUGACUACUUUGAUGGCCAGGGUGAGGGUCCUGAAGUUCCUGUCUAUCUCCGCUUUGAGGGACCUGUGAGAAACCGACGCAUUGGCAAACGAGACACGGCUCUGCUGGUCAGAGACAUAUGGCGAGAAAAGUCAGCUUCGGAUGCUGAGAGAACUGAUGGCACCCGCCAAAAGAUGGCAGAGUUUCUGCAUGGGUACCUCAAGCAGCGAUUCUCUUUAGAGACACUUGUGAUUGAGUGGGGCUACAAUCUGCAUGAUGCCUGUCAGAGAUACUCACAUGAUGACAUCAUAGGACUCUUCUGGAAAGUUCUCAAUGACAAGGCAGAUGAGGAGAUCUUCCAUAGCCAGUUGCUAACCAUUCAUGGCCUGAUGACUGAUAUGACAAAGCUUGAUGCUGAACAAGGUGACACAGGAAAUCUCAGCCGGGAUGAUUUCCAGAAAUGUCUGACACAGUUUUUCCCAGCGCUGACGGAAGAAACCACAGCUGCUAUGUUGAAAGCUGUGGAUCUUGAGUUGGAGGGCUCGGAAGUCGCUGAGAUUGAUUACAAGAGCUUGUUCACAGAGGAUGAUGAGGGCAAAACUGGACCUUUCCUCGAUGAAAUAAAGAAAUUCUUGCGAGUGCAGAAGGACCUUUAUGUGGCAGAUAUCAAGGAAAAGUUGGAAACCACCAGCUCUGUGUCAGUGGAUGAGUUGAUGCGAGCCAUUUCCAUGGCUGACCCUGAGAUUGACAACGACAAGAUGCAAUCCUAUCUUGCCUGGGCAUUCAAAACAUCCCUGGAAGGGGUUAAGGAUGCUAAUCCUGAGGAUCUGGGUGUUAUUAUGGAGCGACUGGAGAAUGGUAACAUAGCCAGGGUGGGCAAGAAAAUGUGAGCCCAUGACUAUUUUACUGUUAAGAAAAUGUUUCAUUUUGCCUGGUUAUUAAUACAAUGAAAAUAAUGUUGUUUUUUUUCAAUUCCUAAGACUUACUGAUGUUAGCUUUUCUAUUUCUAGCACAUGCUGCCAAAUAUGUGACCUGAAAAUAUUGGGAGAUUGUGCGGAGAACAAAUUAUGACUCGAUGAAUGAGCUCUGGAUCAAAGUAGCCAGCAACUGUGUGCUUGGUCUUGAUAGAGGGGCUUAGCUAUCAAAUGAAAGACUCAAAGGAAUGACAAGGUUACUAGAAAGAUAGUUCUUUUAGAGGCUUUGCUUUGCAUUGAAUGGACAGUUCACUCAGUGAAAUGGUGGUGUUUAUUGCUCAAUGCUGUUAAACAGAAAACCUCUUAAAACUGUAAAACCAUUAAACUUCAGGCUCUGGUGGAAUUUUUAGUCUGUUCUAUUUACCUUAACCUUGCACAUUUUUUCCAUAAAAGUUUUCUUUACAAGAAUAACACCAUGUAUAGAUACUCGUUAAAGACAUCAACAAAACCCUGUUAAAACUGUAAAAUGAUCAAUCAUGAAACUUUGAUUGAUCACAUAGAUGUAUUUGCCUGUCUACACAUUAAAUUUGUGAUGCAGUUUGAAUGUUUAUGCUAUACUGCAAUAGUGUUAUGAUUUGUGUAUAUAUUCAAAUUUGCUCUGUAUGAAGUUGUCUUGUCGAAAUAUGAUAUAUAGUUUCAUAAUAAAGACUCUGUGUCACUUGACUUGUGAAAGUAGGA